AUGACAACCCUUCGUGGAUAUCAAAGAGUGGGAAGGUUGCCGUAUUUGCAAGCAUGCUUGUUCGCUACGAUUUUAGAGGAUUUAAUCCCGCAGUUACGGAUUCUAGACGCUAGCAACACUUCACUUCGUAUAGACAAGACAAUAUUAGAAUUGGAUGUGCUGCUCGCCAACAAAUUUGAUGUCAAAAUAUCAAAUGAAUACAAAACUGAGGAUAUAAACUUAAAAACACUUGGCAGUGUGAAGAAUAUACUAGACAAACUACAGGCGGAUAGGCUGCGACGGGAUUUAUAUAAGCAGCUUCGCCAACUGAGGAAUCAUAUAAAAUCUGUUUGUUACGAGAAAAAUAAUGAAAUCCAGUUACUACGAGCCAAUGUCGAUGAUGGGGAGUUAAACGCCGGUGCCCGAGAUCGGUACGUCGAAGACUGGCAGCGAUCGCGCACCGAGCAGCAUUUGCUGACCAUGUACGACAAGGAGAUAGUCCCGGCACAAUUGAUCCAGCAGUUUAAGCAGAGGAUCGAGCAGGAGCAACACGUCCAUACGGAAAUCGAGCUUCUUACUAAUAUUAAUAUAAACAUAAUGGAGCACGAAAAAUUUACAAAGAAUUGGAUAGAUUUUAAAAAUGAGCGGGAGGCCAACUGUCAGUAUUUGGAAAAGAUGACCAAGUCUGCUAUUACAGUGCAAGCGUGGUGGCGAGGUUUGCUUGUACGAAAUCAGUUAGGUCCCUACAAACCUACUAAGAAGAAAGCAGUAUCGGCCAAAUCUAACGAAAAACCCAAAAAGAAAAAAUAAAACAAUGCAUAUUUCAUUGGAACCAAAGAUUAUAUUAGUCCAAUUGGAAUAUUGUAAGGGGCCACUUUUUCUAAUUAUUAAGUUGUUAGUCAAAUCUGUUGACGGAGUUCAAAAUGGACCACUGAUUAGCGUGCUGUUCAAAGAUAUUCGAAUUUGACAUUGAUUUUGACAAUUUGACGUAAUUUCCAUUUCAAAACACACCACCCUUUUUUACGUUGGAAAAUUCUCAUGGAUAAGAUGUUACGGCGUCCCGGACUACAAGAGCUUCUUGCGUGGAAAAGCAAAAAUUUGUCAAAAGAAAUCUAUAAUACUAGAUACUUAAUUUGGUGGUGCUUCAUGGGAAAAACAAAACAAAAAAACUGCAGAAGUGACAAAAGUAAAAAAUCAUUACAUUAUGAAAGAGUUAGAGGGUAGAGUAAAUCAAAAACUAAAGAGAUUUUUCGGGAUUUGCCGCUCGUCUGUUGGGCCCUCCAACUAAUUUUGAUACAGGGCCCCUCGAAGGCACGCUAUGCCACUGAACAGGACCAAUCGCUCCCGACGUAAAAAAACCGAGCGGGAUAUGGGUAUACCAUGUAUUUUUUAAAUGUUUCUAGGUUACAUGGAUGAAACCAACUGGGAUUUAUUUACCUGAUUGUGCCAAAA